AUGCGUGUUGAAGAUGGCGUCUUGAGGUUUUUUUUGUUUUCCUUUCGAUACGCCAAAAUUGUCGGUGGGAUUCACUGACCGGUGCCACUAAUUUUCCGUGAAAAUGUCCGUAAACACAGUGUGAUUUGUAAUGUGACCUACGAGUGGAACCAGGUUUGCAGUUGGACCGGUUUUUUUUUUUUUGCUCUCACUGAAAACUGAGUGGUACUGGAGGGUGGAAGUACGUUCUCAUUCUGACCUUGACAAUGGAUGGCACUGGUGUUUUUGGCACAGUUGAAACUGAUGACGGAUCUCCAGACUUUUCUGUGAUGAGUGCCCGCUUGAGCUCGUUCCGGACUUUUCCCCAUUCGGAGCAGCUUCCUGCAGAGAGGCUGGCCCGGGCAGGCUUCUACUUCACAGGUGAAUCCGAUCGAGUGUGCUGCUUCAGCUGCCACCACACUGUUGAGAACUGGCACCAAGGAGACAUCCCAGAACAAAGACAUCACUAUGUGUCACCUUCCUGCACGUUCCUCAAGUGUGUUCAUCACAUGAACCAUGCUGGUACAGCCUCCUCUGGUUCUAUCUAUGACGAAGAGGCAGAAGAUAUGGAGUUCAGAUUGAGAACAGGAGAAGUGAUGGAUGAGACGGUUUACCCCAAGAUCCCGCAUAUGAAGAGCGAAGAUGCACGACUGAGGACGUUCCACAACUGGCCCUCUUGGUCCCCGGUCCAGCCUCAUGACCUAGCACAAGCUGGAUUUUUUUAUGUGCCAGAGACUGACAUUCAAAUUGACAGAGUGCAGUGUUUCUGCUGUGCAGGCAUGCUGACCCGCUGGGAGGAUGGCGACGAUCCCUGGCAGGAACAUACCAGAGUUUACCCAAACUGCUUUUUUAUUUUGGGCCAUGAUGUGGGAAACAUCCCCUCUGAACAGCCAAGACAGGAAAGCAGUGGAAAUAGCAGUUCCAUGGAAUCAUUUGAGGAGCGUCUUGAAAGCUACAGGGACCGGGCGCAUCCCAUCAGCCAUGAAAGGCUGGCUAGAGCUGGCUUUUUUAGCACAGGCGUACAAGACUCUGUUAUUUGCUUCAAAUGCGGAGGGCGUCUGAAAAACUGGCAACCAGAUGAGGAUCCCUGGGAGGAGCAUGCCAAGCACUAUCCAGGGUGCAGUUUUCUGCUCAUAGAAAAGGGGCAAGAGUUUAUCAACAGCGUUCAGCUUAGAAAUCCUGGAGGCAGUGCUUUUAAUGGAUUUUACAGUCAGGCGAGCUCAUCCAAUGUAAUGCAUUUAGAGAUCGCCAGAAAAGCUGUCAACAUGGGUUUUGAUCCUAUUGUGGUGGAAAGGACCAUUUUGGAAAAAAUCCGACAGAAAAGCGAGGGCUAUUCAACUGUGGAAGAUCUCGUUCAAGACAUAACCAGUGGUGCGUUCGCUGGUAAUACUGAUAUGCGUCAGGAAAAUCAGACUGAAGACCCCUUACAGAAGCUGGAGAAGCUGCAACGUGAAAAGCUUUGCAAAGUGUGCAUGGACAGUGACAUUGCAAUUGUCUUCAUACCCUGUGGACACCUGGUGACCUGCAAGAAAUGUUCAGAGUCUCUUCACAAGUGCCCCAUCUGUUGUGUUGACAUCACACAGAAAAUCAAAACGUAUAGCUCAUAACCUCCAGUUCACUCAAGCUAUACAAAAUCACUCUGUCCUACUCAUUUAAUUCUGUAAAGAUACACAUACAAUGCAUAAAUGAUUCAGUCAUGAUUUUUUUUUUGUUUAGUAUAAUAGUGUAUAAUGAGAAAUAUAUGUAUAUUUGGAUUAAGAUAAAGUUAAGUAAAUAUAUAAAUAUAAACAAAUAUUUUUAUUGAAAAAGUAUAUAUAUAUUGCUUCUGUGUAAAACCAUGUAAAUCUGACGCUGCUUUCUGGAUACAAUCUAAGGUAAUCUUAGGAUAAAUAUAAUAAGUAAGUAUUAAUUAUAAAUUGAUCUCUUUCACAUUCUUUUAGGGAUAGUUAUGGGUUUUUUUAAUACAAUGUCUAUGCACAUAAUUUAGCAGCACAUCAGUCACAUCAUUAGAACAUCAUGCACUAUACUGACAUUGGCAUAUUACAUGCUAUUGCUGGGAAUCAAACCCAAACUCUUUGCAUGCAUGCACAUGUACAGUCCAUUUGAUGGUAAAAAUUUGAAGUAAAUUUAAGCUCAACGUAGACGAGACAACUAAUAGUUAUGAUUUAUUACUAGAGUGCCUUCUUUGAUGUAAUUAAAAUAAAUUUUAUUUAAAAUAA